AUGGCUACUAAAGAAACACCAAAGCUCCUCCCAGACCAAAAUGAGUUCCUUGAACUGCGCCCAGGACUCUUCCGCUGCACAUUUGUCCUCACCUUCGGACCCGUCGGCCUCCCCAUCGCCACCUUCCUCAUCCGCGGCAAUCCUAUCCCUGCCACAGACGACAAGGCCCAUGAAUGGAUCAUGAUCGAUGCUGGCGCACCCCCACACGCCGCUCAGAUCCUCACCGCCGUCGAACGCGUCCUCUCCCACCCACAGGACACCCUCAAAUACCUUUGUAUCACCCACGCUCACAUGGACCAUACCGGUGCAACCCUCCUUCUCCUUGAGCGGUACCCUACCUGCACAGUCAUCGCCCACCCUGACGAGAGACCCUUUCUGUGCGAUGGAAAGGGGUAUAAUAGUUGUAGUGGGGAUCGGUGGGUGUUCAAUGCGAUGAAGUUUCUGACGGGCGCGCCUGCAAAGAUGCGGGUUCCGGUUGAGAAGGUCGUUUGGGUAAAGGAGGGGGAGGGAUGGGAGUAUGGCUGGUUGGUGAAGGUUUUUGAGACUCCUGGACAUACUCCUGGCACCUGCUACAUGGACACCGCCAUCCAAUCCAUGGACAAGAUUAUCUCUCUCAAGGACCAGGUCGAUACUGUCUUCCCAGCACACAACUAUAACGCGGAUGGGGUGACCGUGCAGGAGAUGGAGGCGUUGCGUGCUACUCCGAGUCCUUAG